GCCUGGGUGAUGGCAGCUCCUUCCUGCCUUCCUCCCCUCCUCCUCCUCAUUGGGAGCCGCUCGUUGGUCCCGGCACCCGGAGACACGGCUCGGGCAGCGGCGGCCGGUGGCGGUGGUGAGGUGAGUGGAUGGAUGGUGGAUUCUGGAUCAACAAUCUCUGAUUCAAAUCUUGACAGUGAGCUGCUUACAAUGAACACUGAUAUGGAAGUCAUCGACCCAGAGAGUCAAGUGGAAUUAGAAGAGAAGACACGACUGAUUAACCAGGUUUUGGAACUACAACAUACUUUAGAAGAGCUGUCUGCACGUGUGGAUGCUGUAAAAGAAGAGAAUCUGAAACUAAAAUCUGAAAACCAAGUUCUUGGACAGUACAUAGAAAACCUUAUGUCAGCUUCAAGCGUUUUCCAAACUACUGACACAAAAGGCAAGCGGAAGUGAGGGCUUGCUUGAUGUACACGUUUAUAUGUUCUUAUUCUACAGAAUAUCAAGAUCCACUUCAUUUUCUUAGCUGAUGCAGCCGAUAAAAUGUGUCUGGAAUUACAUUUUUAAGACGGAGUAUUCUUUCUAAAAUGACCUCCAUAACCUGAAUUAACUGAAGAUUAAAUUAUUGAAAACCCUGCAGAUCACCGCUGGUUAGCCCCUAUUAACAAGUUUAACCGUAGUAACAUGUGAAGCAGAAUCCUUAACAUUUAAAUGUUUCCAUAGGUAUCUUUUGGUUGGAAAUACUCAUUAGGCAGUAUCCGUGGAGAGCGGGAAAAUGUUCCUGACCUCAAGAGUUCCAACAUUUUCUGUUUUCAGAUAUCCAUCAUUAACAACUUCACAUUUUUAAACUUUUUAUAACUGUGUUCGUACAGGAAGUCCACAUUUGUAGGACUGGAGCCCUGGAAUCAAAGUCAUUUAUAUGUUGCUGUUACGUCUAGUUUUUUCAACUUGACAUGCAAAGUGUAGCUUAGAUUAAGAGAGAACAAAAAGUGCAAUAUCAUAUUAGCAUUUAGUAAAUUGAAUUGUCUUAACAUUGCAUAUGCUGAGCGGAAGAUGCAUGAAUAUUUAAAAAUUGUACAAUGACCUUUUGUGUAUCGUGAGAUAAUGCUUAUAAUUCUAUGGUGUUGUUUGUAUUUGUCAUAUUAAAAUGUGAGCUUAUUUUUUACGUUA